CUUUAACUCCCUCCCUUUCUUUCCACUCCCCCCUUCUCCUCCUCCCCCCCCUUUUUUUUCUCUGUGCAAAACUGUUUCAACAAUGAAUACGGCCAUUGCGUGUACAGAAGAAAACCAUAUGAACAAAAGGACCACAAUUGACGCCGGUGGAGCAAGUGCCCUUAAACGACGUCUUUCAAAAUCGAGUAGUGACCAUGCUCCGGAGAAAAGACUACGGGAAGACAAGAAGAAGCCGUCAACAACCACCAAUGCUACUACUACCACCACUACUAAUGGAUCAUUAGCAGCACCAACAAAGCCCAAUGCAUCAGCAAGACCUAAAAUGGUCACCUCUGACCGCAUUGUACGAGCCUCUCAGUCAAAGUAUCGACCAUAUUUCACAGCAGAAGUUGGGGAAGAUUCAAUUGAUUCUCGAGGCUCACCUACUGGUGAUCCCAAUCUGCAAACGGUAUUAGAGUAUCCUGGCGAUAGUGAAAACUUUCUAUUGCUUCGACCUGUGUUGAAGAAUACGAGCAGCAACCGAACGCCGCAGGCGGUGGAGGAUGUGGAGGACAAGGACGAAUAUAACCCCAUCACAGAUUUGAUCCGAUCGGCAUACUUUAUCUACGAAAGUUAUCUGACCCCAGAGCAGCAGGAACUUCUUGGCGACGAAUCACAGGGUAUCAUGCGCAACCUCAACAAGCAUCGUAACCGACGCAACGCUGCUGGCUUUAUCGAGGCUGUCAAUGAUUUCAAUCGAGUCAUUCGUGAUUUGAAGGCCAAGGGCGAGCUGAGCAAAAAUGCAAAGGCUAUGCGCCAUCCGAGCUAUGAUUUGGCUUGUCACAUUCUGUACCAAGUGUAUAGUCGAACUGUUGCGCCGCAGGCGGAUGCACUCAACAAUUAUCAAGCAUUCUCAAAUAACGUAUACGGAGAAAUCAACCCAGUUCUGGUCAAGGAUUUCAUCAGCAAGACAAAAGUGAAUUCACAUAGUGUUUUUAUGGAUAUGGGAUGUGGGAUUGGCAAUGUGGUAUUGCAAGUUGCAGCACAGACGGGAUGCGAAGCUUAUGGUAUCGAGAUCAUGGAGGUACCUUGCAAGUGUGCAAAGCGACAACUGAAGGAAUAUGCUGCACGGAUGAAAGCAUGGCGUCUACCCACAGGCAAAAUCCAUUUCCGACACGGUGACUUUCUGGACGUUGGAUCGAGUGACAUGUACCAAACGUUGAAGCGGGCAGACGUGCUGUUGGUCAACAACUAUGCGUUCGAUAUGGAGACCAACCAUAAGCUUGCGCAGCUGUUCUUGGACUUGAAGGAAGGCACUAAAAUCAUCUCACUCAAGUCGUUCGUACCAAAAACUCACAAGAUCAACCAACGGACAUUCGACAAGCCAGAGUCGAUUCUGCGUGUGGAAGAGUUUGAGUAUUUCUCGGAGGCUGUAAGCUGGACCAAUAACGGAGGCACCUAUUACAUUGCAACCGUCGACAGGAGUCGUCUGAAACCUUUCUAUGAAGGCAUGUACCCCUCAACGUGAAGAUAUGCAGCUUUUAUAUAAGCAAGAGAAACAUGCGUUAUUAUGUAAACCCUUUUUUUUAAUGUAGCGACUGUGUAUAAAAAGAAACCCCCAUCUCGUAUUGUAAUUCUUAUAAAGAAAAACCACCUUUCUAUUUAUUUAAUAUCAAACUGGGACAACUGUAACUUGUGGACCUACUG